CAAGAAACAAUACCGGUAAAAGAUAAAAAUCAAGAAAUCAUAGGUGAGGAAUUAUCAGGUCGGGCCGAUUAUGGUAUAACAGAUAUAGAGGUUUUAUUAUGUGUUGCGGAAGGCACGAACUGGUACUUCAUCUUAUACACGACGGAAGGCAUUUAUUGUACCAGCGAAACCGAAUACCAUAUCUCACUCACCAAGUCAGCACUCAAGGACGAUUUGGAUUUGAAAAAUAGCGUAAAAAAAGUAAUGGAAAUCGUUGCAGGUUUGUUGAAGGAUAGGGUAAUGGUAUAG